CGGAGAUGCUCCAAUAAUCCGAUCCUUCUGCGACAUCUCCAACAGCUAAUGUGGCCGCUGCCCAAUUCCUCUUAGGUCUUGGGUUCAUCGCCAGUCAGAAACAAGCACGUGACGAGCAACGCGAUGAGACGUCGAUCUCUUCCACGCGUCGUCUCCUUACUGCAGUAACUGCAGGGUUGCAACUGCAGAGGAUGAAGACUUUCCUUAAGUUCCCGAUGUUCGUUGCUCGGUCGUCUCUCUCUGUCUCUCUCGGUGGAGCUGGCGGGAAUGUUGUGUUCAGGGCCAAAUGCCGAAAAGCGGGGCCUCUGCAACUCUGAAAAGCGAACGAUAUUGGACGAGCCUUGAUUUUUUCGGUAGUUGAAUUGGCACAAGCAUGUUAGGUACUUGUCCUCCUAAUCAUUCUCCUUCAAGUCAUGGCAACAAGACCUUUCCGUCUCUCCUCCAGGCGACCACCACCUAAGUUCCUAUUCAUCAUACUCCUGAUACUUGUUCCUAUCUGUGUGAUUGGAAUUUUCACCUAUGGCCAGAAAAUAUCCUAUUUUUUUCGUCCACUUUGGGACAGGCCCCCACCCCCUUUCAAGCGCCUCCCGCACUAUUAUGGAGAAAAUGUAUCAAUGGACCACCUUUGCCGCCUCCAUGGCUGGUCGUUGCGUUCCCAACCCCGCCGUGUUUUUGAUGCUGUCAUCUUCAGCAAUGAAUUGGACAUACUGGAGAUCAGGUGGCGCGAGCUUUAUCCCUAUGUCACAAAGUUUGUAAUCCUCGAGUCCAACACCACUUUCACAGGCAUUCCCAAACCUCUCUUCUUUGAUUCAGACCGGUCCCGAUUUGCUUUUGCCGAGGGAAAGAUUGUCCAUGAUGUAUUCUCCGGCCGAAUUGCUGCUCGGGGAUCGCAUGAAGACCCUUUUGUACUUGAGUCUCAACAACGCCGGGCUAUGAAUGGAUUGCUUCGCCGUGCCGGGAUUUCCUACGGUGAUGUUCUCAUCAUGUCAGAUACUGAUGAAAUACCAAGCCCACAGACUGCAAAACUAGUGCAAUGGUGUGAUGGGGUGCCGCCGGUAAUGCAUCUUGAGCUCAAGCACUACAUGUACUCAUUCGAGUUCCCUGUGGACUACAGCAGCUGGCGGGCGACAACCCACAUCUACGAUCCAUAUACCUUCUACCGGCAUUCACGCCAAACUGAUGUUCUCUUCUCCGACGCUGGAUGGCAUUGUAGCUUUUGUUUUCGGCACAUUCAGGAGUUUGUGUUUAAGAUGACUGCUUAUAGCCACGCAGAUCGUGUGAAGCGGAGAGAAUUUUUAGAUCAGUCCAGAAUCCAGAAGUGCAUUUGUCGAGGAGAUGAUCUCUUUGAUAUGCUACCUGAAGAGUACACCUUCAAGGACUUGAUUAAGAAGAUGGGAUCAAUACCUCGUUCAGCUUCUGCAGUUCAUCUUCCUUCCUCCUUGAUAGAAAAUGCAGAUAAGUUUAGGUUCCUUCUACCGGGAGGGUGUAUAAGAACACCGGAAUGAAGGGUUUCAGGCCAGCCAAGUUUUAGAUUUAGUUCAGUAUGGAGCUUUUAGCUUUCAUAAGGGGCAUUAAUGCUCUUGAAAAACUAGAGUUGGCCUGAAUUUUUUUUUCAAGUAAAUUAGUGGGCUACAAAAGGGAAGCCCUUUGAUCUUAAACGAAAUCCUCUCUUUAUAGAUGAUUUUUUUUUUUUCCAAAUAACUUGUACUGUUGAAAGGUAUAUGACUCGCUUUGUUUAGUGUAUAUUUCACUCCAUCUGCAAUUUGAUAUGAGCAUACGCACUUUUCA